UGAUUGAAGGCCCGUAAGAUGUUACGGCCGUGAGCUUUGCACUUAUCUUACCCGUCUGACAAGACUUCUGCUCAACUCUUCUUGCUACAUAUUAACAUCAUCGUGUUUACAAGCCUCAAUUCACUAUCAGCAGACAAAAUGGCCGUUCCGAGAUCCGAGUAUCUAUCUUCAGUCUGGCGGGAUGGCAUCUUUGACAAUAAGGUCGUCUUCUGCACUGGAGGAGCAGGAACCAUCUGCAGUGCCCAAGUAAGAGCGUUGGUUCACCUCGGAGCCAAUGCUUGCAUCAUUGGACGAAAUGUUGAGAAAACGGAAACGAUGGCCAAAAGCAUAGCUACAGCACGGCAAGGAGCCAAGGUGAUAGGGAUUGGAGCCGUAGAUGUCCGGAAGAUAGAGAGUUUGGAGAGUGCUGUCGAGAGAUGCGUGAAGGAACUGGGAGGGAUUGACUACGUUAUUGCCGGCGCCGCGGGUAACUUCAUCUCUCCCAUCUCUGGCCUCUCUGCCAACGCCUUCAAGACGGUCCUUGAUAUCGAUACAAUUGGUUCCUUCAAUACCCUCAAAGCGACUCUUCCACAACUCAUCAUCUCCGCAUCCAAGAACCCCAACACAGGCACGAACCCCUCGACUGGUGGACGUAUAAUCUUCAUUUCUGCCAGCUUUCAUUUCACCGGCAUGCCACUGCAGGCCCAUGUAGCCGUAGCAAAAGCUGGUGUCGAUGCUUUGUCCGCCACCACAGCCAUUGAAUACGGACCUCGUGGAAUAACGUCGAAUGUGAUAACGCCCGGCCCAAUCAUGGGAACUGAAGGAAUGGCGAGAUUGGGAAGCAGAGAAGCUGAGAGCAGUGGUGCUGCUUUCAAGAAAGUGCCAUUGCAAAGGUAUGGAACUGUGAAGGAAAUUGCUGAUGGAACAGUAUAUCUGUUCUCUGAUGCUGGAAAUUUUGUGAACGGUGAGGUGCUGGUCAUAGAUGGAGGAGAUUGGCGAACUCCAGGUGCGCCAGGUGCCACCAAGAGCCAGUAUCCAGAUUACCUGCUCGACGACAGUAUGCUCAGGCAAAAGCCGGGGAAGAAGUCGAAGUUAUAGUUGGUGCGAGCUUUUAUGAAAUGUAGAUCCCUUUUGAAUGGUAUGAUAUACACAUCUGC